AUGGCUCCAAUUACUACUCGAGGACGUGGAGGACAAUCAUCCCGAUUGACUUCAAGAGGUGCUCCUACGAAUCAACUACGAUCAUUUCAUGAAGGAUCUUCUUCUAUGGGAGGAUCCUUGCCAAUAGACUCAACAACAAUUGAGAGUCAAGUGCAUGAAACACAGUCAAGUGGUGAAGGAGCAUCCACUUCUAAGGUGAAACGAGGUCGUGGUAAAGCACAGUGCGUAUCAUUUGAGAAAUUGAGAAAAACUGGUCUCAUUCCAGUGAAGAUAGAAUCGGGCAAUAAGGGAGCUACUGGAACAAAUAGUACUACUUUUAUUAGCAGGGUAGGCUAUAUUGCUAGACAUUUUGCCCCGAUUACAUGUAAAAGCUGGAAGCACAUCCCUGAAGUAGAUAAGGAGGAAUUGUACGCUCGGGUCCGCGGAGAAUUCCUCCUUGACUGGAAUGAAGAUGAAGUCAAAGAGAGCGUUAAAGCAAAAUUACAACGAAGCUACAAUGACUAUCACCAUACAUUGCACAAGAUAUUUAAGAAAUACUCAACAAAAGAAGAAGCGAUUGCUCAUGUCCCAGAUGAUUUGAAUCAAGCUGAUUGGGAAAUAUUAUGUGAUCGAUGGGCAGACCCAAAAUAUAAGAAAUUGUGUGAUCAAAAUGCUUUGAAUAGAAGCAACUUGAAAGUUAAUCAUGUGGCGGGAUCAAAAUCAUUUGCUCGACUUCUCGAAGAAAAGCGUGGGGAGGAUACUACUUUGAUUGAUUUUUACAAACUCACACACUCGAAAGAUGGCUCUUUCACAACUCCUACAGCAGAAGAAAAUUAUCAUAGGAUGAAAGAUUUAUGGAAUGAGAGAAAUACUGCCGGAUCAUCACGGACUGCAGAAGAUAUUUUCAACGAGGUUUUAGGGCAUAAAUCUGGAUAUGCCAAAGGAUUGGGAAAUUAUGUCAUACCUAUUCCAUCAUCUUCACGUUCAUCCAAAGUCAUCCAACUCACUCAACAAGUAGAGAAAUACAAGAAUGAGAUGGAGGUUUAUAAGGAGAAAUGGGAGGAGUCGGUGCAAAGGGCAGAAUCUAUGCAAUCAAAUAUCAACAAUAUGGUAGAGAAACAAAGUGAAUAUGAUCGUCGCCUCUCAGAAAUUAUGGCACAAUUAGAGACUCAUAGAGAGUCCUAA